GUGUUACUAAAGCUUCAGUUACUAUUGUGUUUAAUAAUGAAGAUAGAGAAAAUAGCCCUAUUGGGUUUGAACAAUAUAGUCAAAUAAGUGUGACAAGACAAAUUAUGAAUUGUCAAAGCAAAUACAUUGUAAAUGGUCAUCGAGCCCAGCAAAAACAAGUUGCAAAUUUAUUUGAAUCAGUUCAACUUAACAUAAAUAAUCCACAUUUUUUAAUUAUGCAAGGUAAAAUCACAAAGGUUUUAAAUAUGAAACCACCAGAAAUCUUGAGCAUGAUUGAAGAAGCUGCUGGCACUAGAAUGUUUGAAGAGAGAAAGAAAAGAGCCUUGAGUACUAUUGAAAAAAAAGAGAAAAAAGUUCAAGAAAUUACUCAGAUACUUAGGGAGGUGAUUGAACCAAAAUUGGAAAAACUAAGAGCUGAAAAGAAUUCUUAUCUUGAAUUCCAAAAAAAUAGAA